GUUGAGUAACAUUGUAACUGAAGGAAGUACUGUUAGACUUUUCCCUUCUCAAGUAUCCAAUGUUGAAGUACUGAUCAUUGUUGCGGAUUUAGAAAAUCAACAAAGUGCUGCUGCCAUGCCAGCACAGCCUGCUUUGAGGGAGCCAGAGGAAGAGAUGGAGCUGGAGGGUGACCCGGAGGUGCCAGAGGCCAACGGCGAGCUGGAGGAGGAGAGGGAGAGGGAGGGAGGCGAGGAGAUGAUGGAGGAGAGCUGCGAGGACCAUGAAAGUGAACGGGGGAGCGACUUGGAAGAGAGCGAAGUGGAAGAGGAGGAGGAGGAGGAAGAGGAGGAGAGUUCUGAGAUGGAUGAUGAAGACUGUGAGAGGAGGAGAUCGGAGUGUCUGGAUGAGAUGUCCGACCUUGAGAAGCAGUUCCUGGAGCUGAAAGAGAAGCUGUUCCGGGAGCGGCUGAGCCAGGUGAAGGUGAAGCUGGAAGAGGUGAUGGCGGGACAGGCGGGGGAGUACAGGGAGCCGCUGGCCACCCUGCAGCGCAACAUGCAGCUACGCACUGAAGUAGCCGGGGUGUACAGGGAACUGUGUCUGCAGGUGGUGAAGCACAAGCACGAGUGUGAGAUUCAGGGAGCAUUGCAGCACCUGGAGAGCGAGAGGGUGCUGCUGUUUGAUGCCAUGAAGGCAGAGCUCCUGGAAAAGAUCCACAGACUGGAGGAGGACAGGCAGAGCAUAGACAUCACCUCAGAGUGGUGGAGUGAUGACAUGAGGGGGAAGAAAUGCAAGCGGAGGAGUCAGCCCUCACGGCCUGAUCGGAGGAAGAAAGCAGCGCUGGUGUCUGGACCCUACAUAGUCUAUAUGUUGAGGGACAUUGAUAUUUUGGAGGACUGGACGGCCAUAAAGAAGGCUAAAGCAGCACUUUUGCCCUUGAAGAAGAAAUCAGACAACAGACAGCAGUACAGUGCACGGUGCGAGGGGGGCACUCUCUUCUACGAGGGAGAGAAAUUCUGCAAAGGCAACACCAUCCUGCUGGAGAUCAAAGAUGACAGCGCCUCACAGGCUGUAAUCACCGCGGUGAGCACCGGGGAGGUGUGGCUCAGGCGGACGGACGGCAGCAAAACCAAAAUCUACGUCUCGCAGCUGCAGAAGGGCAAAUACACCAUCUGCAAAGUGUGAGCGCGGGCUCACCCGUGUCCGCAGAAACAUUUCCCUCGAACCGCAUCCACCACUUGAGCUGAUCGUCAUUUUUUUGUACUUCUAAACACAACUUGCACUUAAAUCAGUACCACGUUGACAAUUAACAGUAAUCUUGCUGCGCUUCAAAAGGACUGUUAUAUUUUAACUAUAAUUAUUUAUAUUUGUUUGUAAAACUCUAGACUGGCAAGGAAUGGUGCUUUUUAACGAACUAUUUAAGAUGAUUUGAAAUAACAAUGUAUUUAUAAUUGCAGAAUGUUGUUGACAGAACUAAAUCUUUUAUGGAA